AUGUUCGUCAACUCCUCCGAACAUACACCAUCUGCCACCGCCGGCGUUCCUCCCACCACCCACCCAAAUCCUUUAACCUCUGCCCAUCAUUUCGUUUCCCUCAAACUCACGGCGCACAACUACUUGUUCUGGCGGACGCAGUUGAUCCAUUUUCUCCGAGGCCAAGGGCUUCUUGGAUAUGUGGAUGGAACCCAUCCAUGUCUUCCGGCGAUGGUUGAGACCUCUACCACCUCCGGCGAAGGCACUUCCGCAGGCACACCGAUCGCCGCAGCAAACCCUGAGUUCGCUGCCUGGGUCCAACAGGACCAAGCGAUACUCUCGCUGCUCAUAUCGUCUCUCCUCGACAAGGUCAUGUACCUCGCCGUCGUCCGCACCACCGCCCGCGCCGUCUGGGAAUCCAUUGGCACGGCCCUGGGAUCAUCGAUGAGAGCAUGCUGUCUCAAUCUUCUUGGCCAAUUCCAGGACCUCCGCCAGGGAGAUAGCACGCCGGCAGAAUACUUAGGCCGAGCACAACUGCUUGUCGAGGACCUUGCCCUCGCCAGCCAUUCGGUGUCACUUGAUGAGCAGAACUUGUAUGUUUUCAAGGGUCUGCGUCUGGAGUUCAGGGCUAUGGUCGCGUCACUCGCAGUUUCAGGUAACCCAGUGACAAUCCCGCAACUCUCUGACUACUUGCAAGCCCAGGUCUUUAUCUUCGCGGAUGACUAUCCCGCAAGUGGGGAGAUCUCCGGUGGGGCUCCAACGGCAAUGGUGGCUGAUCGUAACCGCCGGCAGAAUGGUGACGGGUUCGCUGGACAGCGUCGCGGUGGCAAUGGCCGAGGCCGUGGACGUGGUAGCGGCAAUGGUCGUGGACGUGGACAAGGCGGUGGUGGACCUCGCUGCCAAAUAUGCAGGUCCCAUGGCCAUACGGCCGUAUAUUGUUUCAGGCGUUACACCGGACAACCACCGGUUCAGGCCAAUAUGGCAGUCGCCGGUGACGUUGGAAAUCCAGCAGCAGCAACGGAUGUUUGGUUCCCAGAUACCGGGGUAUCCUCCCAUGUGACGCCGGACUCCACAGUUCUAACGCAGUCGAAGGAGUACACCAGCAAUGAACAGCUCCGCAUCGGCAACGGUUCAGGUUUGGUUAUUUCGCAUAUUGGUUGUGCAUCAAUUCCGUGUAAUUCAAAAUCUUUGAGUCUGUCAAAUAUCUUAUAUGUCCCGGAUUUGUCAGUUUCAUUAUUGUCUGUUCCGAAGCUUACUCGUGAAAAUAAUGUAUUUGUUGAAUUUCAUGCCAAUUGUUUUUUUGUGAAGGAUUGUCACACCAAGAAGGUACUCCUUACGGGGCCUAGUUCGGGGGGUCUUUACAAAUUGUCCGUUCCCUGUCAUAACUUUGCGUUCAUAACCUCACUGGCAUCACCUUUAACGUGGCAUCGCCGCUUUGGGCAUCCACAUUCUCGUGCACUUCAACAUGCGUUGCGUCACUGUUUUGUCUUACGAAAUAAAUCAGGUCUGCCAGGGUUGUCACGGCGUGUCAAAUGGGAAAAGCUUCAAGAUUUCCUUUAG